AUGUGUACAAAGUGUACCAAUAUUGCACUAUUAUUCGAUAAUCCAGUGGAAUUUCCACUAACAUGCGAAGCAAAUUUUGUUGAAGCUAAUGUUUGUCAAUUAGUUUUUCAUAUGAACUAUUUAACAAAACAAAUUCAUCUGAAUCUUACUGGCGCAAAUAAUACGAUAGGGAAUUAUCAUAUAGAUCUAUUAGUUGAAAAUAAAUUUGACGAACCAAAGAUUAUGAAUGCCAACGCCACAUACAUUUGUAAGACCGUAACUGACUGUGCAAAAGUCUUUUAUAAGUUAACUAUACAAACACUAAUUAAGAAUGAACCUAUACUGAAAGAAUUACAGGCUGCACUAUACGAUCCAACUGUAGUCAAUGUUCAACAGUGUUCAAAUAAGCAGAACCAACCCGUCACAUGUCAAAAUGGCUAUGGAUGUCAUGGAGUUGAAAUAAUCGAAAAUGGCGAGACUGACUUUGAAGGAGAAUGUAGGAAUGCCAGCACGAUAACAAUAUUUCCUCGUCAAUAUUUUAGAAUUACACUUGUACAAGGUGAUCCACCUCUUUCAUCAGACUGGAAUCAUCUUGGUUUUACUUGCAAUAAAAACAAUUUGUGUAAUAGUCAACAAGAAAUUAAAAAAAUGGUGAUACUAGCAAACGAUUUCUACCCAUGGGAAUUUAUUGGCUUGAAUGCGAGCACAAAGAAGUUUGUGAAUAAUAAUUAUCUUCUUCUGUUUUCCUUGAUGUUAUUCGCCUACAAUUUUUUCGAUUAA